AUGUCUUUUCCUCAACUCUUCACUUUGAACGAUGGCCAUAAGGUUCCCGCAGAUGGCUUCGGAACUUUCCAAGGAACGAAUGGCAACUUCAAGGUCAAGGAUACCGUGGAGCGAGCGCUGAUGCUUGGUUACAGGCACAUUGAUGGGGUCAACGUAUACGGUAAUGAGAAAAGCAUUGGUGAAGACAUCAACGAAAGCGGGGUCCCGAGAGAAGAGAUAUUUGUGACGUAUAGGCUAUGGGCAAUAUAUGCCGAGUAUGCUGUUUCUCGGUCCCCCGAUGAGAUUAUAACGGAAUAUCUCAUUCCUGCCCAAAUCUGGCAUGAGUCUGCCCACGUUGAGAGAGCACUUGAAACCUCUCUACAUGAUUUUCAACUAGAUUGUGGUAGGCCUGUUAUUGACUACGAACUUUCUCGACGGUUUUUGGAAAUGGAACGUGGCAAAGGAUGGAAAAGCUGGUGGACUCGGGCGAAGCUUGAUCUAUUGGUGAGCCAUGUACAUGCUCGGCUUUCCAACUUCAACAUCCUCAAGACAAAGCGAACACCUGAAGUUGCUAGAAUUGCUCUAGUGGCUAACCAGGAUGAGCUUCACCCGUAUGUUCACAACGUUUCUCGGCUUUCUUCCCGCGAAAGCAAGACAGGCAUACGGCUAGCCCCAGAGUUGCUUGGCAAGAUAUGUCGCCCUAACGUGCUACAGGUCUGUCUCUCUUGGGCUGUCCAGAGGGGAACUGCUAUAGUGCCCAAAUCUGUCAGUGAAGCCCACAUGACGCAGAAACUGGAGCUGCAACAACUUCCGAAACAUCCCUUCAAUGUUGUUAACGAGUGUUCUUCUGAACGGGGCCCGCUGCGAUUCCUAGACCUGGUCGCCACUUGGGCUUUGACAUAUUUGAUCAGUAAAACGAUCAGCCGGUGA